CCUCCAUAGGCUCUUUCUUUUGACCUCGCCCCCUCCCUUUCUUUUCUACAGGUCCACAACCUGUCCUUUUUUUUUCUUCUAUCGUUUCUCUUCCUGCUGUAAUUGUUGGGUGCUUGGAUGCUUCACAUCACACGUUUGCAGAUAUUUGACUUUUCGGGAGGAAAAUUGGCAGAGUAAUGCAACGCCGGGCUUUCUUGAGGGUAAACUGCAUUUUUUGAGAAGAUGCUGGCUGUUCCUGUUGUCUUGGUCGUCAGCCUGCUCAGUGUCAGCAAAACGGAGCAGAGCUGGAGCAUGGUCAUCUCAUCAGAUGCAGAAAAACAUCAAGGAAGCCGAGAGGUGUCCACCAAAUCGCCCCAAUCCAAAACAGAACCUAAUCAAGACAGCAACCUUGGAUACAAAGGAUCCCGUCUUCGUCAGGAAGACUUCCCUCCCCGCAUUGUGGAGCACCCGUCAGACCUAAUUGUGUCUAAAGGGGAGCCGGCUACUCUCAACUGCAAGGCUGAGGGCCGUCCCCCGCCGACGGUAGAAUGGUACAAAGAUGGAGAGCGCGUGGAAACAGACAGGGACAACCCCCGCUCCCAUCGUAUGCUUCUACCCAGCGGAUCACUUUUCUUCCUGCGGAUCAUCCACGGAAGACGAAGCAAGCCAGAUGAUGGUAGCUAUGUGUGUGUUGCGCGGAACUAUCUGGGCCAAGCCAUCAGUCACAAUGCAUCCCUGGAAGUGGCCAUUUUACGAGAUGACUUCAGGCAGAACCCCGUUGACGUUAUGGUUGCAGUAGGUGAGCCUGCUGUACUGGAGUGCCAGCCCCCCCGCGGGCACCCUGAACCCACAAUCUCAUGGAGGAAAGAUGGUGCCAACUUAGAUGACAGAGAUGAACGCAUCACGAUUCGUAGUGGGAAGCUUAUGAUCACCAACACUUUGAAGACGGAUGCUGGAAAGUACAUUUGCGUUGCUACAAACAUGCUGGGAGAAAGAGAAAGCGAGACUGCCGAACUCACAGUGUUAGAGCGACCGACCUUUGUGAAACGGCCCAGCAGUGUGGUGGUGCUGACAGACGAGAGCGUGGAGUUCCACUGUGUGGUUCACGGAGACCCUGUUCCUAUUGUCCGCUGGAGGAGAGAUGAUUCAGACUUACCAAAGGGAAGAUUUGAAGUUCUGGUGGACCAUACUUUAAUUAUUCGCCAAGUCACUUCUUCUGACGAGGGGUCUUAUACAUGCGUGGUGGAGAACAUGGUUGGGAAGUCUGAAGCAUCUGCCUCGCUCACAGUUCAUGUGCCCCCUGCUUUUGCCACGCACCCCAGGAACCAGGUGGUGUCAGUGGGCAGGACGGUCACCUUUCAGUGUGAGGCCACUGGUAACCCGCAACCUGCUAUUUUCUGGCAACGAGAGGGCAGCGAGAGCCUUCUGUUCUCCUACCAGCCGCCGCAGCCCUUCAGCCGGCUGUCCGUGUCUCAGAUGGGCAGUUUGACCAUUACUGAUGUUCAGCGCUCUGAUGCUGGCUUCUACAGCUGCCAGGCUCUUAACAUUGCCGGUAGUGUUAUAACUAAAGCACUACUUGAGGUUUCAGAUGCUGGGUCAGACUACCUACCUCCCAUCAUUAAACAAGGCCCCAGCAAUCAGACUGUCCUUGUGGACAGCAUUGUGGAACUGGGUUGCCAAACUGCUGGCACUCCACCCCCCACAGUUCACUGGAAAAAGGAUGGGGUGGUGCUUUCUCCUGCAGACUCCAGGACAUCCCUGACUGAAACAGGAUCUCUGAAAAUUUACCAUACUGAGCUGGGAGAUUCGGGCAUGUAUACUUGCACUGCCUCAAACCCAGGUGGGGAGGCUUCCUGGACAGCAUUCUUACAAGUACAAGAAUUUGGGGUUGGGAAGUCUGAUCACCCCGUGGAAAAUAAUAUGAUUCCGACUGCUCCGUCCAAACCGGAAGUCACUAACAUCAGCCAGACAUCAGUGACGUUGUCGUGGAAGUCUAGUCCUGAUAAGGAGAAACUACCUACAUCUUACCUCAUCGAGGCAUUCAGUUACACUUUAGGUAACAGAUGGGUGACCCUAGCAGAGCAUGUGAGAGCAGAGACUUUUGUCCUGAGGAACCUGAAGCCUGGAGCCGUCUACCUCUUCAUGAUCCGAGCAGUGAAUACUUACGGCCUCAGCGAUCCCAGUCCAAUAUCAGAUUCCGUCAGAACACAGGACAGCACUGCUAUUAUAAAGGGGGUGGACCAUCGUCACAUCCAGAACGAACUAGGAGACGUCGUAAUCCACCUGCACAUGCCCACAGUUCUGUCGGGAUCUGCUGUCAGACUGCAGUGGAUGGUAGAACAGCAGUCCCCGUACAUCCAGGGCUUCAAGGUGCUUUACAGAUUGUCCGCCGAGCAUGGCCAGCCCGAGGUGCAGUGGAGUGUCCUGGAGAUUCACGGCUCGCAGGAGGACAGCAUGAUCAUUAGUCAUCUAAAAAAAGGAUCCAUCUACGAGUUCAAAGUGCGCCCCUUCUUUGACGAAUUCCAGGGAGCUGACAGUGAGGUGAAGGUGGUCAGGACACUGGAAGACGUCCCGAGAAGAGCACCUCAGGGGGUCACAGUGACAAAGAGUGAUGCCAAUGCUACUGCUAUCCUUGUUUCCUGGAAACCACCUCCAGAGGCAGGAGAAGAUGGCUUUAUUCAGGAGUACAGGAUCUGGUGCCUGGGUAAUGAGAGCCGCUACCAUGUGAACCAGUCUGUGGACAGUUCCACCUUCUCUGUACUUAUUUCCAGUCUGGCACCAGGAAUUCGCUACAGUGUAGAGGUUGCAGCCAGCAACAGUGCUGGGCUGGGAGUCAAGAGCCAAGCAGCUUUCUUUCAGUUUGACUCUUCAGGACAGAUGAUGGUCCUCAGUGACAGGAGAGAUGCUUUAUCACAGAUCUCAGAUGUGGUGAAGCAGCCAGCUUUUAUAGCUGGCAUUGGCGCCACCUGCUGGUUUGUUCUCAUGAUUUUCAGUGUGUGGCUCUACAGGCACCGCAAGAAGAGGAGCGGUCUCAGCAGCACAUACACUGGAAUCCGCAAAGUCCCAUCAUUCACCUUUACACCAACAGUUGCAUAUCAAAGAGGAGAAUCUGCGUGCAGCGCUGGCAGACCUGGCCCUCUCAGCAUGGGUGAACCACUAAACCAGCUGUGGCUGCCAGACAAUUGGCCCAAUGCAAGUGCCAAUCAUUUGGAUUGCGCCAUCAAUUGCUGCAAUAACGGCAAUGGCACCAGUGACAGCAACAUGACCACGUACAGUCGGCCAGCUGACUGCAUCGCCAACUAUGGAAACCAUCCAGACAGCAAACAAGGGGGCCAGCUUGGGACAGCCAUCUACAGUGACAUCAACCUUUCCAACAAGCUUAGUGAGAUCAAAACAAUCAACAAUUUGGGCUACGUGAGCCCAGGAGGAGAUUCCACCGGCACAUAUGAGCCCAUUCCAUACGCCACAACACAGCUCAUUCAGGCCAGCAUUAAGAACAAGGGGGCGUCUUUAUCGGAACCUCUUGAUAUACCAUGCUGGAAACAACCCCCCAACCUGCCUCCAAUCACCAAGGAGAUGGCUGCACAGAUGCAGCACAGCAUGGCGGAGCAGAACAGUAAAGAUCUGCAGGGAAGCGAAGGCGGCGUGAUCCACCCAAAGCUGAUGCUGAACCACACACACAAUCACAGCACAGGAAGCUCCAGUCACAGCUCAGACAGAAGCAGCAGCAACACCUCAGGGAGCCAAAUUCAAAGGAAAGGAGUCAGGGCUCCAAAGGCCUCGAAACAUAACGGGGUUAGCUGGGGGGAACAGCUGUCCUCUGUUCAGGCUGAUGCCUGGGACUGCGAUGAAUACAGUCUUCCCAUGGAGAGGAGCUUUGAUCCAGAGGAGAAAACACAAGACGCUCCAUCUCCACUAGUGAGAGCCUUAACGCCUACUGAAGGGACCUGCUGCCAACCACCUGCUUCAUCCUCACAGGGAGGCCUGAGCAAUGGCCUGCACGGUAGAGACGAAUGCUUCACACACACCUACAGCUCCAUACCGCUCUGCGUGGACACUGAUGGACAAGAAGAGAAUGAAGAAGAAGAGGUCGGGGACGGGGAAAAUGUUGGAGAAGAUCCUUACAGCCAACCCUACAAUCACCAGAAGCACAAACACCAGCUGCAGCUCCUCUCGUCGCACAAGCUGCUUCUCCACGGGCAGGAUCAGACCCCAACCUCUAGCAUAGGGGACCUGGACAGAUCAGUCACGGGGUCCAUGGUUAACAGCUGGGGCUCAGCGUCAGAGGACAACAUCUCAUCAGGCAGGUCCAGUGUUGUCAGCACUUCAGAGGGAUCCUUUUUUACGGAUGGUGACUUCAACCAGACAGCGGCUUCCUCGAGGGAUAUUGUAGGCAUCCGUGUGGGCAGAUAUUGUGAGGAGUCAGGCCGGAGGCAGCAGAGAGCGAGUAGCCCCAUGUCAACAGACAGCAACAUGAGUCCUGCAAUAACACAUAAAAGGCCCCGGAGGCAUAAACAGAGCCAUUCUGGUCAGCAGGAUUGCAAACCCACAGAUGUCUUCAGUGACGACACUUGCAUGCCUCUCACUUUCGCCAACCAGAUGUGCCACGGGGACAACAAGGUGAGGGGGGCCACGCUCCCUCGGAUGGGCUCUGGGGAGUCCCGGGGUAGACGAGGAAGCACUGGGACUCACAGGGUCAGGGAAGGUACAUUUGAGCAGAGCAAAGGCCAGGACAGGCACAAGAUUUCAUCAGCAGUGAAAGGAAACAACAAAAACCGACAGCACUCAGAAUUUGCCGACGUUCCUCUGUAUAGUCGUCCUUCUUUUCCACCAGGUCAUAGAGAGCUGGGCUCUAAUGCGUUGAGCUUUCAGUCAUGUGGGAACUCAAGGACCAAACCUGCAGAGCUGAAGGCCCCUACAGUACAGGUGGAAGAGUUCCUGAAAAGCCAAGAAGCACUGUGAGUUGUUGAAAAACGUCCCAUAAAUGCUACAAGCGACUGAGACUUUUGCAAAAAAAAAAAAAAAAGGACAAGAAAUUCUGCACAAAACCAUUUUCUACUUGGGAUUUCCCACUGUGUUGGAAAAAAUAUGGAAAAAAAAUCUUUAAGUCUCUGGACUUCUUUGUUGUGUGCUUUCUUUGUAUUUUUUUUUUUUCCUCAAGGACUCUGACCUGCUGGUGGUUGAACGGAGUACAGAUAAUGCAAAUUAGUUGUGGAUGUUUCACUAAAAUAUUGCUUCUGAAAACUGCUUGAUGCAGUUCAUUUGUCUUUUGUUUGUUGUCUUAUUAUAUUACUGUAAAACAGUCAUUUCCAGCCAUGUUGUAAAUUGUUUACUGCCACAGAAGUGCUUCAAAUUUUAUAAAAGUGUUGAUGUUUUCUACGUGGUGUACAUCUAGUCUUUGUAUUAUUUGUUCUACUUGGUUAAAAAAAGCACAAUCAGUUACUUUUGUUGUACGGAUACGUUUUUGCUCGGGAGAAAAUCGGUUGUUUAUGAAGCUUUUAAUGCAUAAGACAAAGAUUGUUCAGUGAGUUUGUGCAUUCAGUUGCAUAUAUUUGAGCUGCUUACUUGUUUAAACCCUCCGUUAUGUGUAUCUUGACAACUGCAUGCAAUUUCAAAGGAAAGGUUCUUUUUCUAUCAUCUUCGGUGCUUUGCCUUCCGUUUAGAAUUAUAAAAAAGAAAACAAAUAAGAAAAAUGGUCUGAUUGCUUUUCUGUGUCAGCUUUUCUGCAACACUUGAAUUCAGCUAAAUAAAUGAUGGAGGAGUGCUGGAAAAUA